GCACCGCCAUUACACCGCCAGGCCGUGCCCGGCCCGCCCGCACGGUCACUCGGCAACGGCGGUGCCGGGAGGCUGAGGAGGGGCCGGGCCGGCCAUGGCUGAGGAGAGCCCGAAUAUCGGCACAGCGGAUCAUAGCGCCGAGCUCGGCAUGGCUGAGGAGAACCCGAAUAUCGGCACGCCGGAUCACAGCGCCGGGCUGGGCAUGGCUGAGGAGAACCCCAAAUCCCACAGGCAGGAUUCCGGCGCGGGGCUGGGCAUGGCUGAAGGUAGCCCCAAAUCCGGAGCAGCUCCAACGCAGGAGUCCGACGCCGGGCUGGGCUUGGCUGAGGGGAGCCUCAGCGGCGACCCCCAGGAUAUCUCCCAUGUGUUGGCUAGUGCCUUUAAGGACCUGUACACUGGAGAUGUUUUGGAGGAGGACACGGCAACAAACUGGAUUAAGUCCCAAGGAGGAGACAGUGCUUAUCAAGACAGUUAUACAGAUGAGCUAGAGAAGCUUCUGGCUGAGUACAGGAGCCGACUGACAGAAGCUGACAAAGCAGAAAAGGAGAUCAUUCGGGCCCAGGCCCGAGCAAAACGUGAAGAGGCAAGGGUUCUAAAGCAGAUGAAGAUUCAUGCAGGGAAAGAUUUCCGUAAACUGGGGCUGCCACCAGUGGCAUCCUCUUUUCGGUGGAUUGUGGAUAAUGAACUUCUCAGAAAAAAUAAUUUAAUCUGUCCUGAGGAUUACAUCACUGAGAAAUUACCUCUUGCUAAAGCACCAAAAGGAGAAUCAGAACCUGGAUACCUGAAAGGGGCACGUAAACAACGUGCUUUUUCACUGGAUGAGAGUGUCUACUUAACUGACAGUGGGACAAGUGUGUCUUCAGCUCUGUCCUCUGUCCAAGACUCCAGCCUUGAGGCUAAAACCAUCAGUAAGAAAAUUAAAGCCUCACAGAAACGAGCCAGGAAAGAGAGUAACUCCUGGAAAGCAGAGGAAUUAAGUGAGUACCUCUCCAGACUUGAGAAAAGACAGAAUUACUUGAAGAAUCCACGCUUUUUCCCACCAAAUACUCUGGAUGGAGGCAAAUCUCUUGUAAUUUCUCAAGAAAAAGUGGAAGAAAUCAUAGCCAGAAGAAAAGCAGAAGAUAGCAAAGGUGAUACCUCAUUUGUUCCUGUGUUUCUUGCCAGUCCACCUUCUGUCCUGUUUUUGUAUGAUAAAGCUGGGCAGGUUUAUGAGAUGACUGUAGAGCUACGGAACAUCACUUCAACAGGUCAACAUGUAAGACUUAUCCCUCCCUCUUCUUCAGUAUUUUUCAUUUGGCCAGGAAAAUAUCCAGGAAAGGGAGGAAUGAUUGCUCCUGGGAUGGCAUGCCAGUAUACAGUCCAGUUUAUUCCUGAAUACCUGGGAGAGUAUGAAGAUCAUAUAUUAGUGGAGAGUCAAGUAUCAGAAUCUUUUGUCAUCCCAGUCCAAGCUAAAGUAUCACUUCCAGUAUUAACAUUGCCUGACUUUAUAAACUGUGGUUCCUGCCUUGUUGGAGGAAUAAAAACAACAGCAAUUUUGUGCAGAAAUGAGGGAGUUAGGACUGGGAAGUUCUCUAUAAUGCCAGGGAAAGUUUGGCCAGCUCCUGAUUCUGGGGUGGCUGCCACUGCUGAUUUUGUGGUACAGGAUCCUUUUGGGAUCCAGCCUGGUGGUUUGGAGCUAGCUCCAGGGCAGAAUGCAACAGUACAGGUAGUGUUUUUCCCUUCUUUGCCGGAAGCCUCCCAGCAAACAUUCACCAUUUUGUGUGACAAUUAUCCAAGCAAAUAUGUUACAGUCUCAGGGCUUGGAGAGGUGAUUGCUCUGGAGCUUUUGUUUGUCACAGGUGGAGAAAGCAAAGCUCAGCUGGGUGAAGUCACUGAUGCAACAGCACAGCACCUCAUACGCUUCGAGCCCCAAAACCCCCUGAGCACUAAGGAGAAGAUCCUGGUCUUAAGGAACUCCACCAACCUAGAACUUCCCUUCUUCUGGCAGAUAACAAAGCCUAAUCUGAAACCAUUAAUACCAGAAGAAACUGCAGACUUUACAGAGGUCAAUAACAAUCAAGACCCAGAGUCAGCCUUCUCCCUAAAUCCUAAGCAGGGAGUUUUGCUUCCCUAUGCAGAUCAUGAGUUUAUUCUCACUUAUGCUCCACAGGAGUUGAAGAGUUACCACAGUGUGCUGCAGAUGGUAGUGAGGGACACCCCAGAAUCACCUUGUUUAGUAGAAGAGAGGAUGCUUCGAAACAUCCCAGAAUGCAGAGUAGAGGAUGUAAUAGCACUGAAAAUUGAAGUUAAAGGCUCAACAGAACCAUACAAUCUUCUUCUGGAACCAUAUGCCAUUAUUAUCCCUGGAGAAAAUUUCAUUGGUGUAAAUGUCAAGAAAAAAUUUAAGCUGUGGAACAACAGUAAAACAUUGAUCAAGUACACAUGGGAGAAAAUCACAGACUGUGAGAUCAUCGAAGUAGAACCUCGUACUGGUGUCAUAGAUGUGAAUAAAUGCUGUGAAUUUGUCCUGGCAAUUUCUGGGAGCAAACCCGGGGUCAUCAGCCGUAACCUGCUAUGUCAUGUUGAGCUGUGUCCAGAGCCAGUUAUGCUGCAUAUUGAGGCUGCUUUUAAGGGUCCAUUUCUUUGUAUUGAUGUUCCAUCACUCCGGUUUGGUUUGACUAAGCAGGGUGAGACUGUGUCAAGGACCUUUGAGAUUAAUAAUCUCUCUCAGGUGCCAGCACAGUGGAGGAUGCAAGAAAGCCAGGUUUUCCUAGCUCAAAGGAAUGAAGAGGUAUCCACCUUCACCAUCCAGCCAUCAGCUGGAGAAAUUCCUCCUUUGGGUCUGUGCACAGUUUCAGUUCACUUCACAUCACUGCAGUGCCAGCGUCUCCAGACAGUGCUGGAACUGGAGGUGCAAAAUGGGGAAGGAAGUCAUCUUCCUGUUUUUGUUGAAGUUCAGACCCCCCAAGUGUGCCUGAUAACUAGUCAUCUAGUAUUCAAUGAAAUUUAUACUGGAGUUCCUGUCAAAGCAACCAAUAAACUUUUUAACCAGACACUGCUGCCAGCAAAAUACUUAUGGGGAAAGCCCAUUGGAAGCCAGGCAGACUCCUGCUCCAUCGUGGUGUCCCCUGCCAGUGGCACCUUAGGCCCAAAUGAAGAGAGGGAAUUCUGCAUAGAGCUGUCAGCUAACACUGUGGGUGAGCUGAAAGACCUCACACUUUGCUGUAGCAUAGAAGACAUGACUGAACCCCUCUUCCUGAGCAUUUCUGGAGAAGUCAAGGGACUUCAUGUCACAUACUCAGUACCUUCUGGCAGUGGAGCUGACAAUGAUGAAGGAGAAAUGCCACAAAGCCCAUGUGAGCUUCUUUUGGACUUUGGGUCUGAAGUUGCAGUCAAAGAUGUUGUAAAGCAUCAGCUGAUUCUAACAAAUCACACAGCAAUCAGUGCUCCAUUCACACUGGAAGCUGAGUAUUUUAGUGCCUGUUUGGUGUCUCCAGAACAAGGAGCCUGCCCCUACCUGGUGAAAAAAAGGGGGCCUGUCACAGAGCAUGCAGCCAGGAAAGUAAAGUCAGAGUUUGCAGCAGCGUUGCUGUCCCAGGGGAAGGGAGCAGCUUUCCAUAUCCAACCUUCCACAGGAACUCUGGAAGCUUUCCAGCAGCUCACCAUAGAAAUAGCAGCUUACAACAACAUGUGGGGAGAGUACCAGGAUAACCUUGUCUGUAAGGUUGGACACUUACAACCUAAAUUAAUUCCUAUGCAAAUGACUGUGAAAGGCUGUCCAAUCUUCCUGCAGGUGACAGGACCAAAACCAGAGCCACCCAUUGUCAGGUUUGGCACUCAAGUCUCAGGAGGGUCCCCUGUGCUUCGGAGGGUCCAACUCAACAAUCCCACUCCCUUUGACAUCCGCCUGGACUUGGAAGUUUACAACCAAGAGCCAGAUGAUGAAAAGCUGGUGGACCUGUUGGUGCUCUUUGGAGACCCUUUUCCUCCUGUGGACAUGGCUGGAAAGGAGGCUGCAUCAAAUGGUAGCACCUCAGAGUCAGAGGUGCCUCCAGGUUCUGACAGCAAAGAGAUGGAAAUCAGCAGUCAGGAUUCUGCAGGAGAGAAAAAUAUCACUGUACUCCUCCGACCUCAUGAGGGGGUGCCUGCAGACAGCCCCUACUCUAUUGCUCCAAAGCAGAUAGUGGUUCCAGGAGGUGGCAGCAGCGACGUUUACAUCUCCUUCACCCCGCUCGUCAUCCCGGACACCGAGGCUGAGCUGUGCUGUGACGCGCUGCUGCUGGGCUUCAUGAGCCUGGACAACAAGCUGGCAAGGAGGGUGCCCAGCAAGGUGCGGCACAGCCAUGGCUAUGAAGCUCCACCGCUCCGAGUGCACGUGGAGGCUGUCCUGAGACAUCCCCUGUUAGAAGUGGAGAUGGAUCAUGACAGAGGAAUGGUGUUUUAUUCAGUGGCGAGUGAUCUCCUACCUGCCAAGCCUUUCUUUGGAGUUUUGACAGAUGCAGUAAUUACUCAGAGUUUGAAACUCAUGAAUUGUACCAAGGUUCGGCUCUACUUCAGGCUCUUUCUGUCUACACCCUCUAUGCCCUUCAGCCUCUCCAGCCCAGAUCCCAAAAAGAGCACUGGAACAUCCCACAGCAAGAAGGAGGAAAGGAAACAGCAACUGCAACACGUACUUUAUCCACAGCAAAACAUGCUGGUGCAAGUGUCAUUCCACACAAAUCUGGAGUUACUCAGGUAUCAGCAUUUGCCAGACACCCAGCUGCUUCCUGGAUGCCAAGUGCUCCAGCUGGAGAAUGGAGAGAGAAAGCUGAAGUUCAAUCAAAAUCUGGUCAUUGAGCACAGUAACUGCACUACCCAGCUGGUGCCAGUGACUGCCUAUCUCACUGUGCCAGUCCUGGAGCUCUCCUGUGACAGUGUUGAUUUCCAGACCUGCUUUGUUGCAGAGACCAAGACAGAACAUGUCUUCCUGUACAACAGGAGUGGCUGCAGAAGCUACUGGACUGCUUUGCUGGAUGAAGAGAAAAGCCCAAAGGCCCUGCAAGUAUUUUCCAUCUUCCCAACCAAAGGCAUUUUGGAGGCACGUGAAGGGGAGGCACCUACCAGAGAGAUUCUACAGAUCAGCUUUGCUGCAAGGAGCAACACUGACUAUGAAGCAAUUGUGACCAUUUCUGGAAUGCUGGAAGAGAAGCCUUGCAAGCUGCACCUCAGAGGGAGAGGAGUGCACUGUGGGAAGGUGCAUUAAGCAGGACAAUGUGGGACAAAUGUCAAGGUAACAGGUUGGAUGCAGAUGUGCCAGCAGCUGAGCGUGUAUUUUCAUCUACUUCUGGUUUUAGUAGGGACUGGAAUUUUAGCAGAAUGAAAAUUUAGGUUAUGAGGAAAGAAAUUCUCGUGGUACCUUAACCAGUCGUAAUCACACUCUGUACUGUUACUGUAAUUGCUGUGAUAAGCUUAGCUUUAGGCUCAGAACAAGGUUUUAAACUGCAAAGCAGCUAAGUCAGGCCAAAGCCCUCUGCAGAGCCCAGCAUGGCUUGAAUCACAGCUAAAGGCUAUUCAUACCUUAAAGUAGUUUUUGUUUUGCCUCAUUUAUUUGUUUGACAUUAAAAUGGACAUUGACACAUUAUAAAACAAGAAUUGGUGAAUAGGCCAGCAUUUCCCAGGCUGUUUUCUCAGUGCCUUACAUGAAAAAGGGAAGAGAGAACUUUCCCUGGUCUCCUUGGAAAAUUACCAAUCUGUGUGUUUCAUCAUGCUUGGGCCUUGAGAACACCCCCUUCAGCAAGAGGGAGGAACCCUUCUUCCUUUUCAUUCUUUCCCCCCACAUGGUUCCCAUUUGCUCUCACUUCUCUUUAAACUAUUUUAGUAUUAUUUUAGCUAAAGGUCACUGGAAUUCCCACUUCUGAGUCUGUUAAAUUUUCCACGUCCAUGAAAUAAAAGGCUUUUAUAAAUGGCUCAU